ACCCAUAAAGCUUUGUUAGUUCGACGACCAUUUACAACUCGCCAUAAACCGCAUGCUCCAUGAUGAUGGCUUACCUAACCUCCCUGUGUCUACUGGCCCUCACCCUUGCCCCCACUCAAGCUCUAGUGGUCACACUCACCAGCAGCAACUUUGAUCAGUAUGUGAACGGAGACAAGUUUGCGUUUGUUGAAUUCUACGCUCCAUGGUGUGGUCACUGCAAGCGUCUGGAACCUGCGUAUGAGGAGGUGGGCAAAGCAUUCGACAAUUCUGACAGUGUGGUCAUUGGCAAGGUGGACGCUGACAGUGAGAAGGCACUGGGCAGCAAGUUCGGAGUGAGGGGUUACCCCACCCUCAAGUACUUCCCUCAGGGCAGCACAGAGCCAAAAGAUUACUCUGGUGGUCGCACUGCUGCUGACAUCAUAGCAUUUGUCACCGCCCAGGCUGGGGUCAAGGUACAAGGCACCAAGAAGGAAAUUAGUCACGUUGUUGAUCUAAACCCGUCCAAUUUUAACGAUAUCGUCCUGGAUACAAACAAGAAUGUGCUCGUUGAGUUCUAUGCUCCCUGGUGUGGUCACUGCAAGUCACUGGCCCCGGUAUAUGAGGAGGUGGGAGCAGCCUUCAGUAGGGAGGACGAGUGUGUAGUUGCUAAGCUAGAUGCUGAUGCUCACAGAUCAACUGCUGAGAAAUUCAGCAUCAGCGGGUUUCCAACUAUCAAGUUCUUCCCCAAGACCAACAAAGAUGGCCAAGAUUAUGAGCGUGGGCGGAGUGCUGCUGACUUUGUCAAAUUCCUAAACGAAAAAUGUGGUACACAUCGCCAGCUCGGAGGGGAGCUUUCAGAGGAGGCGGGCGUGGUGCCGGACAUGAACGGACUGGCCAAUCGAUUCAUGAGUACGGCAGUAGACUCUCGUGAUACCAUUCUCUCCGAGGCCCAGUCUCUAGCCGAGGGUCACUCUGAACAGCAGGCCCAGUACUAUGUCAAGGUGAUGAAGAAGGUACAAGACAAAGGAGACGAGUACGUUACCAUGGAGAGGGACAGACUCGGCAGAAUACUUCAGGGUGACGUGGGGGGUAAGAAAGUUGAUGAAAUUACCAAGAAACGUAACGUGCUGAGGAAGUUUGAACUGUAGAGCUUGACUGUAAUAUUUAUGUAUAAAUUUUGUAGAUGUCUGCUUUAUUGGAGCGUAUAGGUAUCAAUUUACUAGGUUAUUAGAAAAUUAAUUCUUUGAUGUAAAGUUCUUUUUGUAUGGCAUGAAUUCACAAAACAUGAAACACAAGA